AUGUUUGGCCAUCUGAAGUUGAGAAAGACCUUCAACAGGUCAUUGUUCACCACGGUCAUGUUGAUCGCGGUGUCUCAGUUCAACUUCGGCUUCGACCAACAGGGCUUCAACUCUACCCAAGCCAUGGACGCCUUUGAACGCCAGUUUGGGUGGUACAACCCUCAGAAGAAGGUGUACUACCUGGAAAGCUGGUGGCUCUCACUCUUUGCAGGCUUGCCCUACAUUGGUUUUGGGAUAGGCAUCUUGAUCGGAAGCUCCGUAAGCAAACGGUUCGGCAGACGCAUGUGCAUGUUCUCCAUGAGCGUAUGGUCUUGCAUCGCGACUACGGUCAUCAUGACGUCCAAGAGCCGAGAUCAGAUACUGGCGGCUCGCAUCCUGGCAUACAUCUACAUCGGAAUGGAGCUAGCCGUGGUACCCAUCUACCAAUCCGAGAUCACACCCCAGUGCGCCCGCGGUUUUGUCGUCGGGACAUACCAACUAAGUCUUGCAUCUGAACUCGUCGGCCGCGUACCUGAUCCCAUAUGGACUCUUCUAUCUAGUGCCGCUGAUAGUGAUAGCUGGCAUUUGUCUCCCAGAUGGCUUGCUAUGCAAGGUCGAAACGAAGAAGCCCUCAUCGCCCUCACUCGCCUCCGCGAAGGCAAGUUUACCGAAGACGAGAUCGCCGCUGAAAUGGCCCACAUUCGCGCCGGGAUAGACAGAGAAGUCGAGAAGGGCAAAUUCAAGGACAUGUUCCAUGGAAAGCAAAUGACCAAGCGCACCAUGUCCGUCAUCGGUGUCAACUUCUUCAUGCAGGCAACAGGCUCCAUCCUCGCCAGCGUAUAUGGCGCCAUCUUUGUCAAACAACUCGGCUUCAUCAACCCCUUCACCGUAACGAUCAUUACAUCAAUCAUCAACAUCUUCAUGUGCCUGUGCGCAAUGGUCUUGCUGGACAAGAUGGGACGGAGGAAUGUCAUCUUCUUCGGCGGAUCGAUUCAGACGGCCGGUCUGUUCGCCAUGGGUGGUCUCGGACUCACCCAAAACCCGAGCGUUCCCGUCAAGUCUGCCAUCGUCGCCAUGAUGAUUGUCAUGACCACUGGCUUCACCCUGGGAUGGGCGCCCACUUCGCACGUCCUGUCUGCCGAGAUUCCGAGCAUGCGUCUUCGUGAUAUCACGUAUCGUACCGCAAGCGUUGUCAACAUUGUAAUGCAGUUCACAAUCGCGUUUACGCUGCCAUAUCUUCUGAACGCACCAUAUGCAAACCUGGGGUCAAAGGUCGGUCUGAUCUUCGGCAGUAUCGGUUUUCUGUCCCUGGUGUUUGUCUAUUUGUGCGUCCCGGAGUGCAAGGGCCGAACGCUUGAGGAAAUUGAUACGCUGUUUGAAAUGGAAGUUCCUUUGCGAAAAUUUCAGCAGAUGGACUUGUCACGGGUGGAUGCACACGUCAGCAGUAAUAAGCAGGAUGUAGAAACAGGGUCAGAUGUUGUCAUGACCCUCCAUGUGGGAAGAAAGGACUAA